CCGGAAUUAAAGUUCAGGUUGGCAUCAGAGGAGGAGAAAAAGCUUGACUUUUUUGUUCUUUAAAGCAAUUACUAGCAGGAAAGGAAGGCUGUAUUACUGAAGAUCAGUAAAUUGCCUGAAAUAUUGAGAUGAUUUGGGUGAAAUAUAUCAUUCCAGUGCUCCUAUGGACAUGUUGUAAUUCCCAAAAUGUGUGUGAAGAACCACCUGAAGUUGAUUUUGGAGAGAUGUGGCAAAAACGGGACUCUCUGCUGGAAGUAUUUUGAAGGGUUAAAGCCAGAAGGAAAGCCAGAAGGAGUUCAGACAGAGUUCAGUCCCUGCCUCCGGUUGACAAGAGAAUUGAUUGCAGCGUCUUGUAGUAUCACAAGGCAGCAGCUGGAAGCCAAAAACCUCCUUUUGUCUGGUGGCCGAAGACGUUCCCAUGUGAUUGGAAACAAUCAGACACUGGAAUUCUUGUGCAGGGAAGGAUAUAUCCUCUCAGCUCCUUCAGUUAGGAAAUGUAUUGAUGGGAACAUGGAUUUGCCAUCCUGUAUCUCGGAAAGAGGAAAAAACUGUAGCCGCCCACCAACUGUUGCAAAUGGGGACACCAUAACUUUAUCUCAGAAAGAGUACACAUCUGGAUCUUCGGUAGAAUUCAGAUGCCAACGAUAUUAUGUAAUGGAAGGACAUAGCAGAUCUUUCUGUGACAACGGGAACUGGACAAAAGUGCCUGUUUGCUUAGAGCCCUGUGUUAUUUCAUUGGCUGAACUAGAAAGGCGGAAAAUGGGUGUGAAACUGAGGUCAAACGAGGAUGAGUUUCAAACUCUGUACCUUCCACACGGUGAUUCUGUUGAAUUUAGUUGUAAACCUGGACAUAGCCUUGCAACAAAUCCUUCCCAGUCUGCUUUUGAAAUCCAGUGCAGAGGAGGGCCAAUUGUGUAUCCUGAAUGUAAAGCAAUUAAAUGUGAGCCUCCAAGAUUGGCUAAUGGUACUUUCAGACCUGAGAGGACAGUUUACCAGGAUGGGGAUCUAAUUAAGAUUGAGUGUGACCAUGGAGUGCAAACAGCUGAGGCACAAAGGAUUGCAGAAUGUACAAGGAAUGGAUGGUCUCCACCACCACAAUGCAAAAUUGUAUGCUCACGUCCAGAAGUCAAUAAUGGCAGAGUCAAUCCUCACCAGGAGCAGUACUCACAUGAACAACCAGUCCAGAUAGAGUGUGAUCCUGGCUAUAAGCCUGAAAGACAAGGAACAACUUCCAAGUGUACCAAGGAUGGCUGGAUACCACAACCGAGAUGUGUCUCAAAACUCUGCGACUAUCCCGAAACAGAGAAUAUAGAAGUAUAUGGAGUCCCUGAGUAUUACAAGGAUCAUUAUUUUCCAAAACGGGAGAGAGCUACCAUUUACUUCCAAUGCAUCAAUGGCUUUUUGUCAGCAAAUAAACAGGCCCAGCAGUGGCAACGCUCUACUUGCACCAAAUCUGGAUGGGAUCCAGAACCAAAAUGCUUUAAACAAUGUGAUCAUACAAUCAGUUUUCCACAUGUUAAAUUUAUUCAUGGUUAUUGGAGUAAAUUCAUAGAAGGCGAUGACAUUUCAUUUUCUUGUGGUACCGGAUAUUAUCCUGAACAUCAGGAAGCAAAAGCCAAGUGCACAAAAAAUGGCUGGUCACCCACUCCAAGGUGCAUCACCAGAGAAAUACCUACCUGUCAAAGAGAUUCUCUACCUAAUGGCUUUUUCACUGACCAAAAGGACCAGUUUGCUCUCAAUGAGAGAACAAGAUACAGCUGUCGAAUUGGUUUCACGACUCCAGAAGGACAUGAAGAGGGAGAGACUCAGUGUCGUAGAGAAGGAUGGACACCGAAGCCAGAGUGUGUCCAAACAUGCCAAAAGCCAACUGAAGAGAAUGUUAUCAUCAGCAUGAAUAAACCAGUUUUCUUCUUGAAGGAAAACCUGCACUACAAGUGCAAACUUGGAUAUGAAACGACCAAAAAAAACUUAGAUGACAAUUCAACAUGCACAGUGAAUGGAUGGAGUCCAAGCCCUCAAUGUCUACGUGAGUGUUGCAGCCUUCGUGACAAGAAGCUACAGUGGCGCCCGGUCACCAAAAAGAGCCUUGACUUCAAGUCUGCAUAUAAAAAGGCCAUCACAGCUGAAGCAGCAGAGCAGUCUACUAAAGACGUGCGGCAGUUGAGGAGUCUGGUGCUACCAAAAAAGCCAGAGCCAGUUCAUCGAGUGGACAUUGAGAGCGAGUCUGAAGGGGAAGACAAAGCACACAAGCAGCACGGGCCAAACGUCUGGUUCACCAGAAGUAUCACGGGUCCCCCUGUGCUAGCUGUGGGGCGGGGGGAACCAUGA